AUGGAUUAUCAAGUGUCAAGUCCAAUCUAUGACAUCGAUUAUGGCCCAUCGGAGCCCUGCCGAAAAAUCGACGUGAAGCAAAUGGGAGCCCACCUCCUGCCCCCGCUCUACUCCAUGGUGUUCCUCUUUGGUUUCGUGGGCAACAUGCUGGUUGUCCUCAUUCUGAUAAACUGCAAAAGGCUGAAGAGUAUGACUGACAUCUACCUGCUCAACCUGGCCAUCUCUGACCUGAUUUUCCUUUUUACUGUCCCCUUCUGGGCUCACUAUGCUGCAGGCCAGUGGGACUUCGGAAAUACAAUGUGUCAGUUCUUGACAGGGCUCUAUUUUAUAGGCUUCUUCUCUGGAAUCUUCUUCAUCAUCCUCCUGACAAUCGAUAGGUACCUGGCUAUCGUCCAUGCUGUGUUUGCUUUAAAAGCCAGGACGGUCACCUUUGGGGUGGUGACAAGUGUGAUCACUUGGGUGGUGGCUGUAUUUGCCUCUCUCCCAGGAAUCAUCUUUACCAGGUCUCAAAAAGAAGGUUAUCAUUACACCUGCAGCCCUCAUUUUCCAUUCAGCCAAUAUCAGUUCUGGAAGAAUUUCGAGACAUUAAAGAUGGUCAUCUUGGGGCUGGUCCUGCCACUGCUCGUCAUGGUCAUCUGCUACUCGGGAAUCCUUAAAACCCUGCUUCGGUGUCGAAAUGAGAAGAAGAGGCACAGGGCUGUGAGGCUUAUCUUCACCAUCAUGAUUGUUUAUUUUCUCUUCUGGGCUCCCUACAACAUUGUCCUUCUCCUGAACACCUACCAGGAAUUCUUUGGCCUGAAUAAUUGCAGUAGCUCUAACAGGUUGGACCAAGCCAUGCAAGUGACAGAGACUCUUGGGAUGACACAUUGCUGCGUCAACCCCAUCAUCUAUGCUUUUGUCGGGGAGAAGUUUAGAAACUACCUCGCGGUCUUCUUCCAAAAGCACAUUGCCAAGUGCUUCUGUGAAUGCUGUUCCAUCUUCCAGAAAGAGGCUCCCGAGCGAGCAAACUCAGUUUAUACUCGAUCCACCGGGGAGCAGGAAAUAUCUGUGGGCUUGUGA